CUUCACCUACGGCCAGAUGCGCUUAUGGUUGCUUUGUGCCAUCUUUGAUAUCAUUUUGUGACUCCCUUCGGACCAGGAAAAUGUAUGCAGCUGUCAUCCUAUUGGUCUUCAUGUGCCUGACUGCCACUACUCAUGCAGAUCAUCAUCAUCACCCCUGUCAUGCACCCAACAUGACAGGAUUCAUGACUGUGACAAACUUAAAGGGUGAAGUGAGAGCAAUCGGUGCAUUCACGUAUGAUUCAACGGCAAAGAAACUACGCUUCAGAUCAAAUGAGAGCACCCCCAUCAACACUUCACUGCAUCUGGACCUGCUGGUGUUUUUUGAAGAGGGGAUACUCUAUGAGAUUGACAGCAAAAACCAGAGCUGUGAGAAGAAAAAACUGCAAUGCAACCUGCACCCUCUAGAUAUUCCUGAUGACGCCACAUUCAUGGCUACCAUGACUUUUGGGAGUCCAUCCGUUGAAGGAGAGGGAAUAAAACUCAACCUGUGGACAGGGUCAAUGAGAGACACCAAAGGCAAAUAUACAAUGAGUACAACCAUGGGAUGUUUGCCUCUGAGUGCCCUCUAUUACACUGGGUCCACAACAUUCUGUAUCAGUAAUCUCCAUGUCAUUUUUGUAUCACUUCCUCACAGCCACGUGGACAUUGAAAGCGAGAUCAAGGAACCUGAGCUCCUCCUGGUACCUUCCUUUUGUCAGGGACUCUCUGUGGAGGAGACACCAGAGGGGACAGUAAACAGUUUCCUCAGUGAGUUCAUGUAGAAGACGCCUGAGCAGCAGAAAAUUAUACCCCGAUCCAAGCAUGGCCAGCCACAACGAUAGACUUUUCUCUCCUUUUCACGUCAUUCCAGUUUUCAACUUGUGACACUGCACUGCCUCACAUCUGUUUCCAUCACAUCUUCCUUAUUACAUCCUUAUGAAGAUAUGGCUUUGAACAGGUCAUAUAAAUGUACACAUACAUUUGGAUGUAUAUAAACAAAACAAAAAAACAAAAGAUGCAAUAUUGUAGAAUUAGACAUAAUCACUAACAGUCGGUGACUUUUCAAGUUGGUACUGCCUACAAAACCUGUAAGAUAUGAUUAAAGGAAUAAUAAAAUGUCAAA